AUGGCUACGCAAUACUUCGACGAGCUCACUAUCAUAGAUGAGCACAGCAAUGAGCCAACGCAAUAUGUUCCGGGAGGCAACUACGCCCGGAGGAAUUUUUAUUGUUUUCUGCAAAUGGUCAGCUCUAGACUGCUGUAUGACAGCAACAUUCUGGUGCUGUUGGGAAUUAACAGAGACACUCUCCUGAAACUUGGCCACGCAGUCGAGCAACGUUAUCCACUGGUCAUCGUCAUCCAAGACAAGAAGUCCGGCGCCUUGGUCGAUUACAAAGGAUUCAGGAAAAUCCCCACGACAUGGCCGGCGCCCCUAGUAGUCUCCCGCGCUGCUGCAUACCGCGGGCGCUUUGCGACUCGACUACCAGUGAUCCAAGUCGAGGUCAAUCUCGACGUCAGACCCGAAAUCGACCGUAUGUUGGGGCUGCUGUUGCGGCUCAAGCCAGAUACCAAGAAAUAUGGAGAUGGAGAGGAUAUGUACAUGGUUAUCAGACCCGAGGCACACUAUUGCAGCUCUAAUCUGUUACGCACGAUAUUGGUGCGGAGAUUCUAUGAGAAGCAAAUCAGGCAUGGGCAGUACAACACCAUGCCCGGCCCCCCAUAUCAUGGGGAUAUCUACGAGCUACAGCACGAGCCCGAGACCGUCGUCAAUAUUCUGCGGCGACGGCGCGGACAUGCUGGGAUGUUCAUCAAGAUGCGCUCGAACGCCAUUGAUGCGGUUCAUCGUCCAUUUCCGCAGUAUUCCAACGAGCAGGUGCGGGAAGCACGGUCGGUACUGCAAGGACUGGGGCUGUCACUGCCUGGCUAG